UUCUUAGGCGCCCCAUGUAGUUUGACCAAAGACUGAACAAUGGAUGUGCCUCGAAAUACAGCGAAUUAUGAUGGUGGAAAACUUCAUGACGACCAUUGGCACAGCGCCUUGAUGGUUCCACAGCUCAUUCAUAAAAGUUAAGAAGUCGCAUGAUGUAUAUGUGAACCCCAUUUUUUAACCUCUUAGAUGGAUUAUUCGACCGCCGAUACUAGUAUCGCAGAAGCGAGGAGCUUGCAGUUCGCUGCAUACAUAUACACGUCAAUGGUUACAUUCUGGACCUAUGAUUAUGCACGUUCACUUCAUGAAGAGUGGACAUUUUUGCUUCGAUCGCGCUGGACCAAGAUGAAAGGCCUGUAUAUUGUCACACGAUACCUCCCCUUUAUCAUUCUCGCCAUGGAUCUAUAUCUGAGCUUCACCCCGAAUGACAACGUAUACAAAUGCCGAGUAUUCGACCACAUUAGCUCAGGUUUCUUUAUCCUGAGAACAUAUGUGCUCUGGAACAAAAAUAUAAUCUUUCUCGCAGCCAUGUUGUCCACCUUUUUCACUUUUCUCGUAGUAUCUUUCAGCAUUGCUGUCGACAUUAGCGCCACCGUAGCAUAUGCAACUAGCGCGAUCCCAGGAAUCACGGGGUGUUAUUGGAGUUCAACAAGUUACUCACUCUUUAUACCGUUUCUUCUCUCUUGCGUGUUCGGACUGGAACUCAUGAUACUCACGCUCAUACGCGCCAUACAGAACUGGCGGAUAAACUCAAGCCGUCUGUACGUCGUCCUUGUGAACCAUAACAUAUCCUAUUAUGCAUGCGGUUUUCUGUUCUCGGUAACGAACGUCUUCAUAUCGCUGCUCCUCAAGUACUCCUACCACAACAUGUUGUAUAAUUUCCAGUUCAUGAUCCUUGCGAUCCUCGCCACGCGCAUGCACCUUCAUCUUUGGCGGACGAACAUACAUCCACAUGGCUCUGGCGACGUCUCGUUCGUGAAGCGAGGGUUGGACCGUACAAUAUGAUUUGUGGGGGUGGGUUUGGUAGUGUUCGCUACGCGCUUAACGUUAACUUAUAGGAUGAAUCUGUUGUGAGGUGGAUGGUCUUCGUUUAUUUAACACCUGUAGUUUCCACUGUAAGCAGCGGCAGAUUCAGGAUCCAGAAUUUGAGUGUCCUAGAGCCAGAAUCAAGAAGUAAGAGUUGAUGACACGGUCCUGCCAUGACAUCACAACGAGCGAGGUACAGGAGCGUACUCAUGUCGACAUGGUCAAACGU